AUGGUACAUGAUACUGCUAGAGCUAGCUCUACAUCAUCAACGGAUUCCAAUGGUUUUCCGGUCAAAGAUCCGGAUGCCAUCAAGCUCUUUGUCGGUCAGAUUCCACGAAAUUUGGAGGAAAAAGAUUUGAGACACUUGUUUGAUCAAUUUGGCAAAAUAUAUGAAUUUACUAUAUUAAAAGAUAAAUAUACGGGUAUGCAUAAAGGAUGUGCCUUUUUAACAUUUUGUCAUCGAGAAAGUGCCAUUCGAUGCCAAUCGCAACUACAUGAUCAAAAAACAUUGCCAGGGAUGAAUCGCGCUAUGCAAGUUAAACCUGCUGAUACCGAGAGUCGUCCAUCUAGCCCGAAAGACAAAGUUGAUGAUAAGAAGCUUUUCGUGGGCAUGUUGUCAAAACAUCACACGGAAGAUGAAGUUAAAAAUUUAUUCCAGCCGUUCGGAGUAUUAGAAGAGGUUACGGUAUUGCGAGGAGCUGAUGGUGGUUCUAAGGGGUGUGCCUUUGUGAAGUACCGAAAUGCAAUGGAUGCUCAAAUGGCUAUAACAGCUUUGCACGGUAGCCAAACUAUGCCAGGAGCCAGUAGUAGUCUAGUUGUUAAAUAUGCAGAUACUGAAAAAGAAAGACAGGUUCGACGCAUGCAGCAAAUGGCAGCACAAAUGGGUUUGCUCAAUCCAGUUCUUGUUAAUCAAGUAGGAGCUCAAUUCAAUGCUUAUCAACAGAUUUUGCAACAACAGGCAAUGGUUAGUGCUGCUGCGGCCCAAACUUCAUUUUUGCCACUUGUACCCAAUCCGAUGCAACUUCAACUUCAAUCAGCUGCGGCUUCUAACCCAAUUUUGGCACAGCAGGCGGCCGCCGUAAGCCAGUUAUCUGCUUUAUCUGCAGCUAAUGGCAACCCCUAUCAAACGGCUGCGUUUCAAGCUCUAGCUAGCCAGCAGCCACAGCAACACGAUUUUAGUUAUUCACCAACUUCAAGUACUGAUGGGACCACCAUACUACCUGGGUACAAUCUGUUGACGAUAGACAAUCAUAAUAAUGCUGCUGCUCUUCAACAAUUAGUUCAACUCCAACAACAAGCAACUACAAUGCCAUUGGUUCAGCCGAAAGAGGUGCUGGGUCCAGAAGGCUGUAACCUGUUCAUCUAUCAUCUUCCGCAAGAAUUCGGUGACGCCGAAUUGGUGCAGAUGUUUUCACCCUUCGGCAACGUUAUAUCAGCUAAAGUCUUCGUGGAUAGAGCAACGAACCAGAGCAAGUGUUUCGGUUUCGUAUCUUAUGACUCAGCCGCUGCAUCUCAAGCAGCUAUAAGUGCAAUGAAUGGAUUCCAAAUAGGAAUGAAACGUCUGAAAGUUCAGUUAAAACGUCCUCGUCAAGACAGGCCGUACUAA